GUUCAACGGCACUUACCAAGGUAGGAAGUAGCAGUACACCUCCAUCCCUUUAUGUGACCCCCAAGUAGUAAUCCCACGUCAUCUUGUUCAUCACAAAGAGAAAAAAAUCGACUUGAAGCCAAAGCUUUCAACCGUUUUGCGAAUUUCAGAAUGACAAAAGAUUUUAGCGUCGAAAAACCUCGGUCCUCCGUUUGGCCUCUUCUAGCGCUCGGUCCGUCUGAUCUUAGUGGCCGGUUCUGCCCAUGUACCCCUAUCUUGUCCAACCUCUUCGACUCCAGGAGUCAAAAUUCAGAAUGACGCCACCCCGAUCACUCCUUUUUUCCGGCAAGUUCAUAUUACAGAUCGAUCUUGCUUGUCGCGACACGGCGGUUUUCUUCCAUGCUUUCCAACUGCUGUACGGUGGCCACAACUUCAGAACCCUCAAAAAGCCCUAAGCAUUGGAGAGGGGCUCCAUUAUGGAUCACUCAACGUCGGCGACUUCGGGGUCAAGUCUGACGUCCAAGAAACGCCUGCUGGACCUUCCCACCGAGCUUAUAUGUUGCGUCGUCGACUCCGUCGCACUUUUGAGGAAAGACAGAUACGAUGAUUCCAGAGAUACUCAGACCUUGUCGAAUCUUUCACAAACCUGUCAAUUAUUCCAUCUUCUCUGCAAUUCUCAACUCUUUUCAAACAUCAACUUGGAUGAGUCCAAAGACGCCGCAGGUCUUUUGAUCCGUUCCCUUAUCGAAGCACCUGAACUUGGGGUUCACGUGCAGCGUCUGACGCUACGCGUCAUAUGGGAAUCAGCAGAGCAAUGCGAGAAGGGAUUACGGAAACGGCUUACACAUACUCAGAGCAAUGCGACACAUCAUCCGGGAACUUUGCCAAAUUUGCGGCACUUGGAAUUGGAAGACCCUGCAGUGUACUUCAUGAACAUUGCCGAGGUUCCUCGCAUAUUCACUGGUCUUCUUGCGCUACCUCCUCUCACAUCGAUUCUUACACGAUACGACAACGAUCGGUGGGGAGGUCUUGCUCAAGUCGCCUCAGCUGGACCUUUCGCCUUGGAACAAAUCCGCUUUCACGAAACUGCCAUCCGGGGACCCGAAUUAUGCCGCUUACUGCAGCUUUGUCCCGGUCUUCGAGUUCUCGAAAUUGAGAUCGAUUAUCACUUUUUCGCUCCUUGUUUCCAGCCGACCACACACCCUGGUAUCACAACCCACCUGUCCACGACGCUUUCAACACUCUGUCCGCGCUUGCAGAGACUUACGCUGCUACAUGGGGACCUCUCAGCUCUUCGGCCCCCUGAUGAACCAUGUCUCGCAUGUCUUACGGAUUUGGAGGAUCUCACUGUGUUGGAGACUGAGCUGCCAACCAUAUUUCGAAGUCCCGAAGACAUGGCAAAUGCAGACAUCACUGCUCGUCUGCCUGCCAAGCUCACGCAACUGACCCUACACGAUAUCUGGUACUCGGAUCCAAGGUACUGUCUGUACUCUUUGGCCCCAGGCUCUCGUCCCUGGAUCCAUGAGAGAUUGGAUGCCGGUACUGAACCUCUGACUGCAAUGCUGCUCCGUCUGGCGUCGUCAUGUUUGGCCGGCCAUCUGUCUGGUCUUCGAAAGGUGGCCGUGAAGACUCCCACUUACGAACACGACAGAGGCAGUACUUGUGACAAAAUUGUAGAAGCAUUUGCGAAAACUGGAGUUUUGUUCGAGCUGAUAUCCGCUCACUCAACAUUUCCAUGUCCAUUAACGCGGUAAAAUCAGAGAAUGGUCAAGAAGUUAAAUUGCGUAAGUCUUGAGUAAAUUUUAGUAUGACUUAGCUGCAAAUUGUAAUUAAGUGAAGUCCAUACUUCAAUAC